GGUUCUAUAUAGUCUCACCCUCCGUGCACUCCCCUCAUCUUUGACUGUAUUCUCCUUAUCUCUCACUUCCAUUAACACACACACACACACAGUGAAAAAACACACACUUUCAGCUCCCUAUCUUUUUCACUGCUUCAUUCAAUCUCUUCAAAAUCCUCUUCCUUUUCUGGGUUUCUAAGGAUAAGCAAUUUCAUUGUUCAGCAUAGAAUUGGUGAAACACAAGAAAGAACAAACAACAACCGUGGCGAAUAGAGCAAAGUAAAGAACAGCAUGCUGUGGUGUAGUCUAUCUGUUGACGUCUAUCGGAAAGUCAUCUCCUUGAACUUGUAUUGCCGUGUCAUUCUGUAAAAUACCCUUUUUUAGAAAAUCGCUUCUUUGUUCUAGAUUACUGUUACUAUUUCUCACCUUAAAAGUUAAGUCUUCAUUUUAAUCUUUUCCAUGGGAUCUACACGUUUCAUUGUCGUACCCUGUUACGUUCUCAGCAUUAGCUGAGAAUUUAGUCACUUUCAUCUUAGUCUUGGUUAGAAUUGCCUUCUUUAGCAUUCAGUCUUUGAUUUUGUGGGGAGUGAUUUUCGACAGUCCGCUAAUUUGAGCGAAUCUUUAAUCAUUUUCUAGAAGGGAUUGUUCAGAAUUCUUUUGUUUCUUGAUUGUUCUGUUGGAAGAUUGAGGUGUUUGUAUUGAGUGAAAAGGGUUGGGAACAAGUAGUUAUGGUGUGUCAAGCAGCUGGACAGACGAGAUUUCGAGCAUUGAAACAUGAAAAUGGAAUUGAUGGGUCUGCCACCAUAAUAGUUAGAGUCAUAGCAUGCUUUCAACCACUCCAAGAUUGCCAGGCUGAAUACUUCCGUCAUUUGCUUAAACCCGUCACGUAGAUUGAUCUUUCUUUUUACCGCGUUCAAGUUAAGCUGGAGUUUUUAGUUUUUUUUCGUUGUUUAUCAAGAGUGCAAGAAAUCAACAGCAAUUCGUAGUUUCACAGUUAUUUAGAACUGGUGAUUGUUGAGGUUGAAUGGAAAAGAACUUUGAAUCUUCAUUCCUUCACCAGUAUUCAGAUCUGCAGUUAGCCCAUUUGAAUUUUUCUUAUCCUCGAUUUGAUAUAGGGCAGCAGUAUUCUUUUCCUACUUACAUGACUCCUCAGUCAAAUGAGGUUCCUAUGAAUGGGAAUUCUCCCUUUUUCACAUUUUCUGGGCUUCUACAGUCAAAGUCAAGCCAGCCAACUGAACCUCUCAAUUGGUUAUAUUGUUCGCCUCCGUUCUACCAGGGAGUUGCUCGUGUUUCGACUUCUUUACCGGAAGAGAAGCUUGCUCCUCAAGCAAUCGAAUAUCCUAAUGCAGGCACCGCAUCUGCUCAGAAGAGAUUCCUUGUUUUUGAUCAAUCUGGUGAUCAAACAACUUUGAUCUAUAGUUCUGCUAAUGCUACUCCUGUACAAUGCCCGGCUUCUUUGAUUCCAACACCACCUGCCCUUUAUGAUUUGGUUAAGGUGGAUCCAGAGAUUAAAAAGAAUGAAGCUUCUCCAUUUGGGCAUUUCCUUAGUGAUGAAUAUUUUGAAGAAAGUACCAGAGAUGAUGUUGAAAGUGAAAUGCGUGAGGAUACUGAAGAACUGAACGCCCUACUCUAUUCAGAUGAUGAUAAUUAUUAUUCCGAGGAUGAUGAAGAAACAAGCACUGGUCACUCGCCUAGUACUAUGACAACUCAUGAUUUACCAGAGUGGUUUGACGAAAGGGGUGAAGAAGUAGCUAGUUCUGCAGGGCCGACCAAAAGGCAUAAACUGUUAGAUGGUAGCUAUGAUGCACCGUCGCUCAGAGAUACCACAACCUCUGCAAAAGCAUAUACGUGCUCCGACUUAGAGGAUGAUGCACAAUCCAGUUGCGGCAAUGGCUUUGACCAAGUUUCAGGAGCACAGUGUUCUCCAUCUGGGAAAAAGAGGCUGAGAAAAGAUAAAAUUCGUGAUACUAUAAGUAUUUUGCAGGAAAUAAUCCCUGGAGGGAAGGGAAAAGACUCGAUGGUUGUUAUAGAUGAAGCAAUCCGUUACUUGAGAUCCCUGAAAGUGAAAGCCAAGUCUCUAGGACUUGAUUCUCUUUGAGCUUCAGCUUGCCCCUGGUCAUAUUUUUACAGAGUUAUUAGUGGUAUUUCUUAUAGCUUCCUUGUGACAUAGCGGUCUGAAGUACGUACUAAAUGUUUCCGAUGAAUGAAGCAGAAUUAAAGCUUAGAUGGUAUGGCAAAGUUGGGUUGGCGGAACAUAUAGUCUUUAUUCCAUCAUUCUGUUGGGGAACCAUUGGCUGUGGUUUUGAAAAUCACCGGUGGACGGUCUGUCUUCUGUAUAGAUAAGGGAGGGAGGGAGCUUCUUGUCAUGCUUCCAUAAAGUGUGGUAAAUCAUGAGUUCAUAUCUUGACCCUAAAGAGAAUAGUUGAUUCUGCCCUUUGGGAAUGUGUUUUUGCCCACAUAAUUGUUCGCUGUCUGUGUGAACGAUACGACGACUUGUUUACCUCAGUAGGACCCUGGUAAAGUUCAGUGCACGCUUGGUGGCGAAUUUAGGUCCCAAAACCUUCACUUUCAUUGCUCAUUUUUCCUCAUUAAUCCCUCUUGCGCGUUUCCUUUUCUUAUCUAAAGGCGAUGUGUCUCUCUUUUGGUUACAUCAGGUAUAAAACUCUUUUCCUGAGGUGAAAUGGAUCUCGAUCCUUUGUAUAACAAACUGCCGCUACUGUUUGACGUAUGACUAGUUUGAGCGUGUGAAUGUUUUGUAAUAUUUUUAGUACUAUGUGGUUGUGUAAUAAUAUCAUGUGUGAUGUUUGUUUGGAUUGGAGAAUAUUAACUGUGUUUGGUGGUGGUGGUGUUGUCUU